UGGGGUGGGGCCCGCUGGCCCACGUCGAAAGCUCUGCUGCGGAUAACUGCAUCUGACUCUACAUUGCAUAUACAGUGACCUCAACCUUCUACCUAUCCGACUUGGGCAUCAGAGCUAUCACCUCACCUCACACUGACAACCGGUCGUUAAUGGCAUGAACUGUGGACGGCGUAAACAAAAAUGACAGUUUCGGCUUCAACUAAACCGACAACUUAGAUUUCCAUCCUUUGUACGGGGUUAGCCACGGUGGCGGCUGCUGUUCAAAGUACCUACCUAUCUGAUAUAUCCAGCCAUAGCAUGCUCGACUGUUUGUCAAGAUGGAACAACUCCCAUUACCAUCAAGCCUGGCUGAGGUGGAAGCUUUGAUUCGGGCUCUAUAUGAACCAGCUCCGCCAGAAAGUAUUUCGAAGAUCCAGGAUGUACUCCACAGACUCCAGAAGUCUGGAGAAGGAUGGCAGCUUGCCCGGAGCCUCCUCGCCAGCACUGACGACAAAAUCAAGUUCUUCGGUGCCCUGACCCUGAUGGUGAAGCUCAACACUGAGAACUCAGCCUUGAGUGAGAACGAUGCAAAGGAGCUCCUUCAGAACCUGGUUGGUUGGCUUGUCCGAUCUUUGGAAGACGGUUCUGGAACCUUGGUGAUUAGGAAGCUCUGUUCUGCCUUAGCAACCUAUUUUAUCCAUUUCUCACACCUCUGGCCGCACUGUGUCCGACAUCUCGUCUAUUGCCUUGAUCUCGGCCGGGCCGUUCCAGUCGAAGAACUCGACUCCAUACCCCCGAGUAGCCAGGUCAUUGGUUCCUUAACGGUGGCAAAGUUGCAGGCUGCCCUGUGGUUCGCGGCCUCCUUUGUAGAGGACAUUGGGAAGACGGACAUGAACUCGUCAAAAUACAACCAAACCCAUGAUCGCCUUGCACAGAAUGCCCCAGAAGUGACGAGCUUACUUGCCCGCGGUCUAGCGCCGGGCUCCGAACCGGCCAGGGCCAAAAUACAGGAGGACUCAAUCAAAUGCCUCCAGUCCUGGAUCCUUUACGCGCAGCGUGCUUCAUCAACGACCGACAUCUUGAUCGGCCCUCUUCGAACACUGAUCCCACCCACGCUGAACUGUCUCGCCAAUGAUGAUCUGUACGAAGCUGCGAUUGAACUCUUCACUGACAUACUAUCCAACUACUCUGGCUUCCUCACCAAAGAACACUAUAGUUCACUUGCCAGCUUGUUCGAGAGCCAAUGGGCCCAGGAGCGGUAUCAAGCUCUGCUCCAGGGUGACUUCGACUUCGACUCUCUGCAGUUCGGCUUAUUCAUGCUGGCCUACGGAGACGCCAAGGUUCAAGAGCUUAUGGAGGGCUCCGACGCCCAGUCUCAGAACUUCUUGUCAGGUCUUAGCGGACUACUUACUGCCUCGGGUCAUCCCGUGGGCGAGGACAAGAUCUUCGUGCCCGCUCUCGAGUUUUGGUCUACAUUUGUCGAGACCAUGACGGACAUCAUGUACUCAUCGGUGGAAGAGGAUACGAAAGCCUGGAUGCCCAAGGCUAUGGCGCACGUCAUGCAGGUUGUCGCCAAUUGCUGGCGGAAGAUACAGUAUCCUUCGAUCGAGGUCUUCGCAAGUUGGGAUUCGACAGAGCGGGUGGGAUUCAGCGAUGCGAGAAAGGACGUUGCCGAUCUUCUCCAGGCUGUUUAUACCUUAUCUGGUCCUCCCCUCGUUUCUAUGUUUGUCGACUCGCUUCUCCAAAGCCUUCCCUCUCAGGCCUGGGCCGAGCUUGAAGCCGCAGCGUUCUGCCUUGGCUCAUUGUCUGAUUGCAUCGCGGACGACGACAAGUGCGACGAUGUGCUCUGCAAGGUCUUUGCAUCUCCGUUCUUCGAGCUGUUAGGGCAGACUCGGGGCCCAAUACCGGUCCGUCUGCGCCAGACCGGCCUGUCCCUGAUCGAGCGCUACUCGGACUACUUUGAGCGCCAUGCAGAGCAUCUUCCCUCGGCAUUGAAUCUGCUGUUCGACGCCGUUACAGACCCGAUACUGGGAGGUCCGUCCGCCAAGUCUAUUUCCACGCUGUGUUCCUCGUGUCGCUCCAUCCUCACGGGAGAGUUGGGCGUGUUUCUGGGGCAUUACUCGGCCAUCCGCACUGGCCAAGUCAUUGAUUCUCUCGCCGAGGAGAGAAUUGUCCUUGCAGUAGCAUCCAUUAUCCAAUCUGUUAAGGUUGGAGCUCAGAGAUUGCAGGCUUUCGAGCAGCUGUUCUCUCUCAUCAGGGAUGACAUGGAGCGAUCUCUGCAGCUAGCGUUGCAUCCGGAACUGCUUGACCUUUCCGACCCUCUGUUCAGGAGAGGUUUGGAGUCGUCCCAGGUACAGGUGGUGCCAUCGGCAGACGAGGUCUCGCUGCAACUAUCGCUGAGGGCUCUUAGAUGCCUCAACAGCCUCGCCAAGGGGAUGCAAGACGUCUCGGAGGGUCCUAUUGACCUGGACGCCCCAUCAACAGACACGAGGAGUGUCGAACUAACGGGGAUCCACAACGAGAUUCUUGUAGCCAUAGAUCGAAUCCUGACCACGUUCUAUGGUAGCGGGGAGGUGGUUGAAGCUGUCUGCAACAUCUUCCGCGCCGGCUUCUCCGAGACAGAACCAGGGCCAUUCGUCUUCCCUCCGGACACGAUCUCGAGCUUCUUCAUCAAGCAGACGAUCAGGACACCUCGAAUAGGAACGCUCCUCCUCACCGCUUGCUCUUUUGUAAGCUCUCUCUACAAGGGACCCAGCGUCCAUGUUAGGGACAACCUGUCGAGGUUGUUGCCAUGGGUCAUUGGCCUGCUCCAAUCACUCCCUGAACCUGAAGCCGACACCGAGCUGGCUCCCAAUAGUAUCGACUUCGUCCACCGAGUCAUGGUAAAGCAGCCAGAGGUUCUCUUCAGUUUGCAACCUGCAUCAUCUCUCGAAUUCUUUCUCCUCUUUACCUUGAAGGUCCUCAACGGACGCCAGCCCCUGCCCAAGAAUGCAGCGACAGACUUCUGGACAGGAUUUAUUACCCUGAAGAGUGAAGAUCCCUCGACGCAGGCCUCGAUCACCGCUGCCAUGGAACACCUCGGCCCCCUCAUUGCCCAGUCCCUGGUGCAGAACAUUGGCGGUAACGCUUCGCGCAGCGAGCUGGACAGGCUCAGCGAACCGCUCAAGAAACUCGUCGUCCAACAGGCUCGUGCCAAGACAUGGCUAGAGCAAGCUCUAUACAGCGAGUCCUUCCCAAGCCCACAUGUCUCCCCUGAAGACAGGACACUUUUCUUGAAAAAGAUCAUCAGUUUAAGGGGUGGUCGGCCAACGAACCAAGUGGUGAGGGAGUUCUGGCUUGCCUGCAGGGGAUCCAACUUUGCGUAUGUGUCGUGAUUGGAAUACAAGGUUAGAAGGAGUGCCGGAUAAGCUCAUAUGGCCGGUUGUUCUCCCACGCCUCCUGCUUUGGAUGCCUCUGGAUCUCCCGAGACAUAUCGUAAUGGGAAAAUGGGGCACACAAGGUGGUGAACCGACCGUGGAAAGUGUGGAAAGCUGGAGGAAAGACCCCCUGUGUCAUAAAGGCUAUAAUAGUACAGGUCUGUUCUUACAGAUACGGGGAAAACGGAGAGGCCACCCCGGCGUCAUAGUCCCACAGCUGAUCUUACAAUCUUCAUCGUCUCCCCCGCGCUCUCCCUAGCCUUCACGGCGCCCUUCUCCUGCACGUCGUCC